CUGUUGCCAGAGGCUUUUCCUGUCUGCCAACUCUCACCAACCCUGCUCUAACUGACACACUGUCGGGCAAAUAUAUGUAUAAAAAAAAUGACAGCUGCAAAUGUGAAAUAAACAACUGUGGCAUUACCAAAGUGGGUGUUUUUUCCUGGAUGGAAGUUGAGUGGCACACAACAACAAGCUCAAGAAAGCAGAAAUUCCUAGAGGUGCCGAAAUACUUUGGAUAGCUCACCUCAAGAGAGAUGUUCCACACUCCUAUUGUGCCUCGUGUGAGGAAAAGGUCAAAACCAGCGGAAGCCGACGUUCCCAGGCGUGAUGAGGUGAAGUUUGAGGAUGUCAGACUGUACCUGGUGGAGAGGAAAAUGGGCCGCAGCAGGAGAAGCUUUCUGACCCAGCUGGCCAGGUCAAAGGGCUUUAUUGUGGAAGACAUCCUCAGCGACGAGGUCACUCACGUGGUGUCAGAGGACAGCCAGGUUUCAUCCCUCUGGAAGUGGCUAAAGGAGUGUGCCCCGAAGAAUCUACCCAACAUGCUUGUGUUGGAUAUCAGCUGGUUCACCGACAGCAUGAGAGAGGGGAGACCUGUUGCUGUGGAAACCAGACACUGCAUUCAGGAUACCUUGCCCACAUUGCCAGAAGAUUCUCCACCCACUCCUGUGGCCAGCGUUUCUCCAUACGCCUGCCAGAGACGGACAACCACAGAAAACAACAACAAGAUUUUCACAGAUGCUUUUGAAGUGCUGGCAGAGAGUUAUGAAUUCAACGAGAUUGAGGGCCCAUGCCUGGCCUUCAGGAGAGCUGCGUCUGUUCUGAAGAGUCUGCCCUGGGCAGUGCAGUGCCUGGGGGCCACUCAGGAUCUGCCCUGCCUGGGGGAACACACUAAGGCAGUCAUAGAGGAGAUCCUUCAAUAUGGCCGCUCGUUUGAAGUCGAGAAAAUACUCUCUGAUGAAAGGUAUCAAACACUAAAGCUGUUCACAAGUGUGUUUGGGGUUGGACCUAAGACGUCUGAGAAGUGGUACCGCAGAGGGCUGCGCUCAUUCAGCGACAUACUGGCAGACCCCAGCAUUCAUCUAAACCGGAUGCAACAAAGUGGUUUUCUGCAUUAUGGAGACAUCUCAAGGGCUGUCAGCAAAGCAGAGGCCCGAGCCCUGAAGAACAUUAUUGACGAAGCUGUCCAUGUGAUCACACCGGACGCCAUACUAGCACUGACAGGUGGCUUUCGCAGGGAGAAGGAGUUUGGUCAUGACGUCGACUUUAUUGUGACCACACCUGAGCUGGGGAAGGAGGAGAGUCUGCUACCCAUCAUUAUUAAUAGACUGAAAAAGCAAGGCAUUCUGCUCUACAGUGACUACCAGGCUUCCACCUUUGAUAUGUCGAAGCUUCCCUGCCACAGGUUUGAGGCCAUGGACCACUUUGCAAAGUGCUUCCUGAUUCUGCGCCUGGAGGGCAGCCACGUGGAGGGAGGUCUCCACAGAGCAGAGGGGGACAGCAGGGGUUGGAGGGCAGUGCGCGUGGACUUGGUGUCGCCACCUAUGGAUCGUUACGCCUUUGCUCUCCUGGGCUGGACUGGCUCCAGGCAGUUUGAGAGAGACCUGAGGAGGUUCGCUCAAGUGGAGCGGCGGAUGCUUUUGGACAACCACGCCCUGUACGACAAAACCAAGAAAGAGUUCCUGGCAGCUACGACUGAAAAGGACAUCUUUGCCCAUCUGGGUCUCGAGUACAUUGAGCCUUGGCAAAGAAAUGCGUAGGCCUCCACUCCUCCCUGGCUGGAUGAUACCCUGUGCGUACAUCAUUGUUUAUCCCAUCUGCUUGCCGUUCUCUGGCUCUCCUGUGGUUCACUUUCAAAUGGCUUUUGAUUUCCGUACAGUUUUGUGUUGUUGUUGCCAUUAUUGUUGUUGUUGUUGUCAGGAUUACACGCUGGUGUAUGAUUCAUAAUUCCGCUUAUUGUCUGUUAGCGAGUAAACACCUAUACCAUU